AUGAUAGCUCAGAUUUAUGUUGAUGACAUUGUCUUUGGUGGUAUGUCUAACCAGAUGGUGGACCGUUUUGUCCAGAAAAUGAAAUUUGAAUUCGAAAUGAGUCUUGUUGGUGAACUGACCGACUUUCUGGGUUUGCAAGUAAAACAAAUGGAAGACACUAUCUUUAUUUCUCAAAGCAAUAAUGUAAAGAAUUUAGUCAAGAAAUUUGGACUUGAAAAUUCCAGUCACAAGAGAACUCCAGCUGCAACACAUGUUAAGUUGACUAAAGAUGAUAAAGGUAUUGAUGUUCAUCAAAGUAUGUACAGAAGCAUGAUUGGAAGUCUAUUGUAUCUCACAGCGAGUAAAGCUGACAUCACUUUUGUUGUAAGUGUGUGUGCUAGAUAUCAGGCUGAACCCAAGAUUAGUCACCUUAUUCAAGUGAAGAGAAUCAUAAAGUACAUCAAUGGAACCAGUAACUAUGGUAUUAUGUAUACUGAUCAUGAUACUAAUUCUGUGUUAGAGGGUUAUUGUGAUGCUGAUUGGGCUGGAAGUGUUGAUGAUAGAAAGAGCACAUAUGGUAGAUGUUUCUUUCUUGGAAAUAAUUUGAUAUCAUGGUUUAGCAAGAAACAGAAUUGUGUGUUUCUAUCUACUUCCGAAUGUAAGACCCUAGUUUUUAAGAUAGGUUAA